CAAUUUUCAGGAUUGAGAACAAUCAGUUGAACUUUCAAGAUACGGUGAGAAAGAGGAAAAUAUGGGUAAACUCAAGAAAACUCAGAAGUUCGCCACAAGACUUGCAAAAAUGAUUAAACCAACUGAUUCUCGAAUUAAAGAAAGUGAUCGCGUUAUCAGGAAGAAAAACAAAGACGAUAAGCAGGUGUUGAAAAUUGUCGAGGCACCUCAAGUAUCAACAGCAAUGUUCUUGAAGUACAACACCCAACUUGGACCACCAUUUCAUAUUAUUAUCGAUACGAAUUUUGUCAAUUUUUCCAUUAAAUAUAGGAUCGAUAUUAUGCAAGGAUUUAUGGAUUGUUUAUACGCAAAAACGAUACCAUAUGUAACGGAUUGUGUUUUGGGUGAAUUGGAAAAGCUUGGACAACGAUGCAAAGUUGCUCUUAAAAUUAUUAAGGAUAAUCGGUUCAAGCGUUUGUCGUGCUCUCAUAAAGGAAUUUAUGCUGAUGACUGCAUCGCACAAAGAGUUACGCAGCAUAAAUGUUAUAUCGUUGCCACAUGUGACAAGGAUUUGAAACGACGGAUUCGUAAAAUUCCUGGCGUCCCCAUUCUGUAUAUUAGGCAACAUCGAUACUCAAUAGAACGUAUGCCUGAUGCAUACGGUGCUCCUGUGAACUAAUUUCCUGUGAUUUCACAACAUUGAAUGAAGAAAGUCAAUAUUUGUUACUAGAAAAUUUAGCGGGAACUACAUACUGCAUGGCAGGCGCAAUCCUCACGUAACCUAAAAACUUCCGGCAGUAUAACUUCUUUCAGAGGUCGACUUCACAACAUACUGUCUUUUGGAAUACUUUUUUGAAAUCAAGAGUGUUAAGCAUGUUCAAAGGAUGAUGAGAAAAAACUGCUGCUAAUACUGAAGUUGCUCAACUUUAAUGUACUUUGCUUCUAAUAUUAUUAUAAUGCCCACUUAUGUUAAGCAAAGAUAUUCCAGUGCUGUUUUCUCUGCUCUCUUCUCUAUUCAAAAUCUAUUCCUGUUACAUUUCUUAUGUUCCAUGCUAAAUAAAAAAUGUUAUAUCAGGACACAGUUACAACUCUUUCUUCAUAAAUAGGAUGACAUAUAAAUUACAAAUAUUUCAAACGAAUAAAUAGUGGCAAGAAUAUUUCAGAAGCAGGAAAAAACCAUAAGUAGACA